AGAAAAUUUAAGGCUCUUUAAUCCUAAAUUAUAUGAGCAAAAAUCCAACGAUUGAUUUAUUAUUCCAGGUGUUUUUCGAGAAACCCGCAGAGAUCAUGAUACCCUCCUGGCUUAUGUAUGGCAGAGUUUUAGGAAGAAUUUGGGAUAGUUAUUAAAUGAUUAUGCAUGAUGUUGCUGUACUUUAGAACAAACCAAUGUACAGACCUCUAUACCUAC